AUGAAAAUGAAGGAGACGGAGGCAAUAACUGAUUACUCAUCACGAGUAAAAUCAAUUGUGAACCAAAUGCAGCAUUAUGGCGAAAGAAUUGAAGAGUCUAGAAUUGUAGAAAAAAUCUUGCGAUCACUACUUUCAAAAUUUGACUACGUAGUGGUAGCCAUGGAAGAGUCUAAAGACAUCAGUAAAACAACCAAGGAGCAAGCAGCUCCGGAAGAGGAUGAGGUAGAGGUCAUGGAGGAAAUAAAAGAGGACGUGGUCGUGGCAGAAAUCAACAAUUCGGUAGGGAUAACAAUAAUGAAGGAAAUACUCAGUUCACAAGAGGCAGAGGCCGUGGAUGUGGACGAGGAAGAGGAAGAGGAAAUUGGAGAUCAAAUGAUGGACGUGACAAAUCCAACAUUAAGUGUUACAACUGCUCCAAGUAUGGACACUACGCAUCAAAAUGUUGGAGUCCUCCUAAGGAGGUAG